AUGAUUAUUACAUCUUCAGUACUUCCUGGUUGUAAUGUUACCUUCAUGAUAGACUCCGACCACUUCUCUUCAGGUGGUCAUGUCGAAGGUGUUGUUUUGACAGAAGCUAGCAUUGCUGGGUCAAAAUCUCGGACAACUGCAGCCUCAUUGUUAAGGAAUUGCUGGAUCCAAGCUUCCAAGGAACUGGGAAUAGAUGUUCUCCACGACGAAAUGUCAGAACAUCAAGAUUUGUCUGUGGAUAAGUUAAUUUGCUUAAGCAAGUUGGGAAAUAAACCCAUAUUGGCCGCGGAGGCUUCAUUUUCAGGCUUCCCUGAAUACAGCAAAUCAGAUUCUCAAAGGAAGAGAUUGGGAUCGUUUAGGAAUUGUUGUAAUUACUGCCUUCGUCUAGAAGAUGCAGUUAGGGGAGAGCUUGAAAAGCUUUUCUUAGAUGAGGUAAUCGCCAACUUGGUACUUCGCAUUUCUGUCCAUAGCAUCCAGAACAUUAAGGCCAUGUUUGGUGGGAUGGACUGGACCAAACUUUUUCAAUUAAAAUGGACUACAAUCCUAGCUAUUGUUUGGUGGGCCUAA